AUGAUUCGCAAUCGCAUCGCCCCCCGCGAGCCAAGAAACGCGUCAGUGAACCACAAUAUCGCUGUCGUGCUAGGCUGGACUGCGCUGGAGUUCAGCAGUGCGAACCUGCGCGCCGGAGACGUGUUCAGCGUCCUGGUCCUCCUCCUGACCGACGACACGAGUACUGUGGGCUAUAUCCAGGGACUGAGCGGACUCGUGCAGCUGGUGGCGGCGUUCCCCGCCGGCUGGCUCGGCGACAAAUGGCGGCGGGACCGGGUGUUGCUGUUGGGCUUCGGCCUUGGCGUCGCGUCGCUCGUCGCCUUCUUUCUCGCGCUCACAGACGGAUGGAGCGAAAUAUAUCGAGGCGACAACAUCACCACCCUGUACGUCGCCAUGGCCCUCACGGGCCUCUACCGCGGCUGGGUCGUCGGACCCAUGGAGGCCCUCUACGCCGACAGCACCGACACCGCGAACCGCUCGCUCUGGUUCACUCGCAAGUACCAGAUCCUCCUCGUCUCCGGCUCGCUCGGCCCGGCCGCGGCGCUCGCGAUGUUCAUGUACUACGGCGACCGUUGGAGCCCCCCCGACUGCCGGCGUGUUCUGCUGGUCGGACUCGGCCUGAUGCUCCCCGCGCUCCUGCUGCUGCUGCUGUUCGACGACAGCAAGACGAUGGUCGCGGCCGAGCAGCGCCGCGCGCAGCACGCGCGACGGUCGUCGCAGGGCGGCUCCGCGCCCGGCGACGCUGCGGGGGCAGGGGCGUCCGUGCUCGGCCGCAGCUCCGCGGGCGCCGAGGCGCUCGCGGGGCGCGCGGGCGGCAGCGGCCACAGGGCGCCGUGGGACUCCCCGACGAAGGGCGUCGCGCACCCGCGAGAGUCGGCCGCGUCGGUGGCGGCGUGCAGCGUGGCGUCGUGGGCGCUGCGGGGCGGCCGGAGCGGCGAGGGCAGCCGGGUGGAGAACGACGGGGACUCGUUCCAGCUCGACGGCGAGGGGCUCGACGAGCUGGACGCGGAGGAGCGCCGCGAGGCUCUGUCCUCGAACCCCAGUCUGGGGCGCGCGGCAAUGACGCACCGGGUCGCGCUGCAGGGCAUGCCGGCUCCGCCGUCGAUGGGGGAGCUCGGCGCGGCGAUGCAGCCGGCGUGGCGUCCGUUUCCGGCGACGCGGGCGCGGCGCGGGCGCCGGCGGGCGCGGCGGGACAACAUGGGGCGCGUGGCGUCGGCGACGUCGCUGUCGCAGGAGCAGCUCGACGAGGAGCUGCUCGUGUGCGAGUGCAUUGCGAGGGCGUGCUGCUGCGGGCCCGUAGUCGAGGACGACGCGAGCAGCGACGCGGCGAGCGACCUCGACGUGUACGAUGACGCGUCGCAGGCCGCUGCGCUCGAGCGGCCGUUGCUGGAGGACUCGAUGGACGAGGACAGGCUGGACAUUGAAGUGGCGCGUGCGGGGCCAGCCCCAGCCGGCGCGGGGGGCUGCUGCACGUGGAGGGCUCGGAGGCGGCUGCUGGUGCCAUGGGUGAUAUUGAUAUCGGAUACGCUGGGCGCGCUGGCGUCGGGAAUGACGCUCAAGUUCUUCUCGCUGUUCUUCUACGAGGCGUGCGGGAUGGGCCCCGUGUACGUGUCGGCGCUGGGCGUCGCGGCGCCGUGGGUGAUCGUCGUGUUCUCCUCCGUGGCGCGCAACGUGUCGGACAAAUUCGGCAGGCUCCGCGUGUCUCUUUCGACGCGGCUACUCGACCUCGCGCUGCUGGUCGCAAUGGCGAAGCUCCCGACGGGCACGGGCUUCAAGCGCGACGUCCUCGUGGCCGUGCACCUCGCUCGCAUGGGCGCGGCGAACUGCACGCGCCCGUUGAUGCGGGCGGUGAUGAUGGACUCGGUGCCGCCGUCGAAGCGGUCGAUCUGGAACGCGGCGGACGGGAUCCGGGCGUUCUCCUGGUCCGGGAGCGCCGCGCUGGGGGGUCUCUUGAUCCACUCCACGGGGUAUCAGAUGACGUUCCUGGUAACCGCCGCGCUCAAGCUUGUCAGCAUGGUCCCGCUGCUGAUCCUGCUGCCCUUCUCGGACUAG